CGACUUUGCGCGCUAUCGAGUAAAUUGCCUGAGAUUUUCGUGCGCCGGAAGUAGCAACUAGUGGCUGCAACGAUAUCACAUUAUUGUACCAUAAUGUCGGUGUACGCCUGGGGCGCCAACUCGCACGGACAGCUUAGCCUUGGCUAUGAAUCGGAGCUGUGUAUGACACCGCAAAUUGUGCGAGAUUAUUCAUUUAAUCCAACUUGCGUGCGCCGCAUCCGCGGCGGUGGCGGUCAUGUGCUUGUACUCGAUACAAGUGGAAGGAUACACGCGUGCGGGUGGAAUGGUCGCGGUCAGUUGGGCUUGGACUCGCGCGAGGAAUGCUUCAAUACUUUCCAAAUUAUACCUGGGGAAUAUUUCGGGGAUGUACCAGUAGCGAGUAUUGCUUGCGGUUGGGAUAUAUCUGGCUGCAUAACCGUUACGAAAAAGCUUUACGUUUGGGGCUCUAAUUGCUUUCAGCAGUUGGGACUUUGUCAACGUGAAUUUAAUGCUGUACGCCGACCGCUACCUGUUAUUUUGCCACGCAACGAUAAACCAGAACGUAUUAGCUUCGGACUACGCCAUUGUGCCAUACUCACCGAAGAUCAUAAGGUGUAUAUUUUCGGUCGGCUGCGUAUAAGUGAUGAGCCACCUGCGGAUUUGUGCAUAACAGCGACAACGCUUAAUUGUGCGCCGGUUAUAAAAAUUCAUGCAAACGAGCCCACCGAAGUGCGCAUCACUGGCAUAUCAAGUGGUCAGAAUCAUAUAUUAAUCAAAGUUGUUGAUUUGCAAUAUGGUGCUAGCGCAAAGCGUGUUAUUGCUUUGGGUGAUAAUAAAUUUGGUCAAGCGAAUGCAUUUCAAUUCGAAGAGGAGAUCAAACAAAUAGUCACCGGAUGGACACAUAAUGCAGUGAUGUUGAGGGACAAUCGUAUUCUAACUUGGGGACGCAAUUGUUAUGGCCAAUUAGGCAUGGGUAGUGUAACACAAAAUCAGGCGACGCCACAGGAACUAGAUUUGCGUACUUCAAUCGUGCCAGCACAUGUACACUUUGGCUCGGAGCAUGGUCUUAUACGCAGCACUGAUGGUGAAGUUUACACUUGGGGUUGGAACGAGCAUGGUAAUUGCGGCGACGAUGCCACAGAUAAUUUGUGUGCUCCUACGCGCGUACAGUUGCCAGGACCUUGUAGAAUUGCGGGUACUGGCGCAGGGUUUUGCUAUGCGAUAUGUGAAGAGCCGGCUGCAGCAGUAAGUUAAAGAAUAAACACCUGAAAAUUAUAAUUCGGUGAAAAAACUUGUAAUAGUGGUAAAAACAAUUUAAAAAAUUAAUAAACAAUUAUAUAUACAAAUCUAUUUGAAUGUUUUCCUUGUAUGCUUGUUUGUGCAUUUAUUAAUCAAAACCGCGCCUAAAUGUAUGCUACAAAUCUGUAACAACAGUACACACUUGGCAAUUGCAAACCACAUUUGCAGUGUGCCUUGACUGCUGUAGGUAAUUGCAUUGCGAUUAACCUCAAAAAACAC